CUUCAGAUAAAGAACAUGGUGAAACUAAUUCACACAUUCGCCGAUCAUGGUGAUGAUGUCAAUUGUUGUGCCUUCUCUUCUUCCCUCCUGGCUACUUGCUCCUUGGACAAAACAGUCCGCCUGUACUCCUUAAGCGACUUCAUGGAGCUGCCUUACUCCCCGUUGAAGUUCCACACAUAUGCUGUCCACUGCUGCUGCUUCUCCCCUUCAGGACAUAUCUUGGCUUCAUGUUCAACAGAUGGUACCACUGUCCUAUGGGAUACGCACAACGGACAGACUUUGGCUGUGAUGGAACAGCCCAGUGGUAGCCCCGUGAGAGUGUGCCGCUUUUCCCCAGACUCCACUUGUUUGGCAUCAGGAGCAGCUGAUGGAACGGUUGUUUUGUGGAAUGCACAGUCUUAUAAGUUAUACAGAUGUGGUCGUGUUAAGGAUGGCUCCUUGGUGGCCUGUGCGUUUUCUCCUGGUGGAAACCUCUUUGUCACCGGCUCCUCAUGUGGAGAUCUCACAGUGUGGGAUGAUAAAAUGAGGUGUCUGCACAGUGAAAAAGCACACGAUCUUGGAAUUACCUGCUGCGAUUUUUCAUCACAGCCUGUUUCUGAUGGAGAACCAGGCCUUGAGGUUUUUCGACUGGCAUCUUGUGGUCAGGAUUGCCACAUCAAAUUUUGGAUUGUUUCUUUUACCCAUAUCUUAGGUUUGGGAAUAAAAUACAAGAGUACCUUGAGUGGGCAUUGUGCUCCUGUUUUGGCGUGUGCUUUUUCUCAUGAUGGGAAGAUGCUCGUCUCUGGAUCGGUGGAUAAAUCUGUCAUAGUAUAUGAUACUAACACCGAGAACAUACUUCACACGUUGGCUCAGCACACCAGGUAUGUCACAACCUGUGCCUUUGCACCUAAUAUCCUUUUACUUGCUACUGGGUCAAUGGACAAAACGGUGAACAUCUGGCAAUUUGACCCAGAAGCACUUUGUCAAGCAAGGAGCACGGAAGAUCACCUGAGGCAAUUUACUGAAGAUUGGUCAGAGGAGGAUGUAUCAAUGUGGCUCUGUGAGCAAGGUUUAAAAGACCUCGUCAGUAUUUUCAAGAUGAAUAACAUUGAUGGAAAAGAACUGUUGAAUCUUACAAAAGAAAGCCUAGCUGAUGAUUUGAAAAUUGAAUCUCUAGGGCUGCGUAGUAAAGCCAUGAGGAAAAUUGAGGAGUUAAGGACAAAGAUGAAAUCCCUUUCCUCUGGAAUUCCUGAUGAAUUUAUAUGUCCAAUAACCAGAGAACUUAUGAAAGAUCCUGUUAUCGCAUCAGAUGGCUAUUCAUAUGAAAAGGAAGCAAUGGAAAACUGGAUCGGUAAGAAGAAACGCACAAGUCCUAUGACAAAUCUUACUCUUCCUUCACUCGUCCUCACACCAAACAGGACUCUGAAAAUGGCCAUCAACCGGUGGCUAGAGACACAUCAAAAAUAAAGUGGCUUAUACUGCA